AUGCAGGGCGUUACGCUGCCAGCAGAAUUCUUUUUGCUGCAGCACAGCAGAUUGGGUAGAUACACCGGCCGUUGCCUCAUCCUUACAGACCCUCCUCCUGCUGCUGUUGCUGCUGUUGGUGCUGCUGCUACUGAUGCUGCUGCUGCUGCUGCUGCUGCUCCUGCUGCUGCUGCUGCUGCUGCUGGAGAAGGCGCAUCGGGUGGCGACACUGCAGCAGCAGCAGCAGAAGGAACUGCACCAGCAGCAGCAACAACAACAGCAACAGCAACACCAACACCAACAGCAGCAGCAGCAGCAGCAGCAGCAGCAGCAGCAGCAGCAGAAGCAACAGAAGGAGGACAGUUUGUGUCUCGGUUGCUGCGGGUGCUGCCUGCGGGCGUCUUCAUAAAAGAAUGUGAUAAACAUGAAACACAAAGAGCAGUAGAAGACGAGAAGGAUGCGUUGCUGCUGCUGCAGCAGCUGCAGGAGUUCGCCGUUCCUAACCACCCAGCAUACCCAGACCUCUUCGGUUGCUCUUUCUUAUACGCCAGUCGAUCCGCCCUGUUUGUGUCGCAUGAAGACCUUGACUACCUUCCAGUUCUCCGCAAGUUUCAGGUGUUUACAUAUGGAUGGCAGCAGGAUGUGAAUGAAGAAGAGUUUAAGGGUUUGCUGCAGCAGCUAAAAAUAUUUCCUGCUGCAGUGCAGCAGCUGCAGCAGCAGCAAUGGAAAGAGAAGUCCUUUUUUUUACAGUUCGAUAGAAUGAGGGACCUUAAGCUCGUCAUGGAUUCAUCUUAUAUAGAGGGGAGCACAGUGAGUGUUAGUUUGUCUCUUUUGGGGGGGGUGCUGCGGGAGCCGCUGCAUCUGCCUGGUCUCUCUCUGCUUGUAGCUCACUGUACCUUCAGGGGAGAAAGGCUGCGGCACCAGCAGCAGCACCAGCACCAGCACCAGCAGCAGCAGCAGCAGCAGCAGCAGCAGCAGCAGCGGGAGCAUAGGGGGUUUGAUUCCUUUGCUUCGCUUGUUAAGGCCCUGGGGGGGUCACAGCCUCUACACCUGGCUGUUACGGAGGCUGAUACUUCGUUGGCGUUUCAGGUGCCGGCUGGGGGCCUCAGUGCUGCGCUGCGGGGGCUGGGGGAGGCCCUCUCUUCUCCUGUGUUUUGUGACAACGACAUAGAGGGGGCCCUGCUGGAGCUGAAGCAGCUGCAGCACGUGCUGCAGCAGAAGUGCGCAGCAGACUACCAGUGUAGACGCAACGCACUCCUCAAUGUGUGUCUGCAGCUGAACCCGCACCACCGCUUCAAUAGAGUGCACAGUUUGGGGCUGGAGCUGCUGCAUGCGCUGCGGGCCGCUCAGUGGCGCUCCCAGGACGUACGGGGCUGGCGGCGGCGUCAGAAGCAGUGGAAGCGGCAGCAGAAGGAGCGGCAGCGGCAGCAGUCUUCUCCUGCAGCAGCAGCAGCAGCAGCUGCUGCUGCUGCUGCUGGUGCCCCUUUCUUAACAUCGCUUCAGCUGGCGCGUGAGCCCCCGUCUCCCCGUCUGUCUGUCUCUCAUACAUCUCCUCAGCAGCAGCAAGACCAGCAGCAGCAGCAGCAGCAGCAGGAGCAGCAGCAGCAGCAGCAGCAGCAAGAGCAGCAGGAGGAGGAGGAUGAAGACAGUGGUGCAGCAGGAGCAAUAGGAGGGGGAGAGGGACGGCAUGAGCAGUCUCUGGGGGGUUUUGCUUCGCCUAGGUUUGUGUUUGUUGACGAGAUAGGGGCAGAUGUACUAGCAGCAGAUGUAGAUAUAGAGAGAGCUGCGUUUGUAUGGCGCUCCCACUUCUAUGCUGCGAACGGCCUCAAGCUUAGUGGCUGCCCCCAGCAGCAGCAGCAGCUGCAGCAGCUGCUGCUGCUGCUGCUGCUGCUGGAGCUGCUGCUGAAGACGCACAAAACGGAGAAGAAGGAGAUGCUCGAAAAACCAGCAGCGUCAGCAGCAGCAGCAGCAACAGCAGCAGCAGCAGCAGCAGCAGCAGCAGCAGCAAGAGAGACAGCCGGCAGCUGA